UCACCCUACCACCAAAAAAAAAAAAAAAAAAGGAGAAAAAAAGUACUCGUCUUUGUGUAAAGGUGCCAAACAAAAAGUAUCUAGUGCUUGACAGUACGAAAUUUUGGCGACAUUAAAAAUGGGGGAGAUUCACCUUGUACACAUUUGCACCAAUCCUCUUUAGGAUACACAAAAGUCCCAUCUUCUUUGGAUGAAUCUUUGUAUGUCCCAUCCAUAGCUCUGUUAUUUUGAAGGUGCUCCUUGAUUAGGUCCCCAAUCUCAAGUGUCUUCUCCCUUCUAUUUUUAUCAACCUGCACAGCUGUACCUGUACUUCGAGUUAGACCAUUCCAAAUGGUCUUGAACUUCUUCGUGCAGCUCCACAAAUCUUUCUGCCAUCGAUAAUGCUUCCUGGUUAAUCUUGACAUUACAUGGCAAAUCAGCAAGGUCUACGGUUAAUCUAGGGAGCUUGGUAAAAACAAUUCAAAAUGGAACUUCCCUGUGAACCAACCGAUAGCACAUAUGAUAUUUCUGGCAACUCUUCGUAGAAGCUGUUCAACAUGGGACUAUGGAGGGUUUUUAUAGGCUAGUCUCUAAUUUUCAAACACAAUCAGAGCCUGCCUAUUGUGGUCUGGCUAGCCUAUCAAUGGUAUUGAAUGCCCUUGCCAUUGAUCCAGGAAGAAAAUGGAAAGGGCCUUGGAGAUGGUUCGAUGAGUCUAUGUUGGAUUGUUGUGAACCAUUGGAAAAGGUCAAAGCUAGAGGUAUCUCGUUGGGAAAACUUGUGUGUUUGGCUAAUUGUGCUGGAGCAAAAGUCCAAGCCUUCCAAACAAAUGAAAUUACCAUUGAUGAUUUUCGCAAAUACGUACGAAGAUGCUCCACUUCUGAUGAUUGCCACAUCAUUUCAUCUUAUCAUAGAGCAGCAUUUAAACAGGUGCUUUGUCAAUGCACAAUAAUGAUCAAAGAGAUAUGUUUGAUCAUCACGACAGGAACUGGUCAUUUUUCGCCUAUUGGUGGGUAUCAUGUUGGGCAAGACAUGGCACUUAUCUUGGAUGUUGCACGCUUUAAGUAUCCUCCUCAUUGGGUUCCGAUCGAACUUCUUUGGAAAGCUAUGGAGCACGUUGAUGAAGCAACAGGACAGCAUAGAGGGUUCAUGCUUAUAUCCAGGCCGCACAGGGAGCCAGGAUUGCUCUAUACUCUGAGCUGUAAACAUGAGGACUGGGUUAACAUAGCAAAGUACUUAAUGGAUGACGUUCCUCUUCUCUUGAAGUCAAAGGACCUUAAAGACACACAGGAUGUUUUAACUGUUAUUUUAGCAUCACUGCCCUUAAAUUAUAGUGAUUUUAUCAAGUGGGUUGCUGAGGUCCGAAGGACAGAGGAUAGUGGUCAAAGUUUAAGCUCAGAGGAGAAAGCAAGACUUGCUCUGAAGGAAGAAGUGUUGAAACAGGUACAGGAGACGGACCUUUUCAAACAGGUAGGAGAGUUUCUUUCUCGAGAAGAUUCAUGUUGCAAGAUGCUUACACCAUCUCAUGAGAACAAUUUGCCUGAGAUUGCUGCGAGUGUAUGUUGCCAAGGAGCAGAAAUAUUGAAUGGGAAUACAGGCGUCUCAGCUGGUUAUUGCUGUCGUGAAACAUGUGUGAGAUGCUUAGGUGCUAAUGGCGACAAGCCUGUUACAGUUGUAUGCGGAAUGGUUGUCAGUGGCAACAAUGAACAGGAGUUUGACAUGUUGGUCCCAUCAUCAUCACAUGUAAGAUCUGGAUGCUGUUUUUCUGGCAUGAAAAAUGAAAUAGGGAGUCAUCCAGCAGCCAGUGAUGUGUUAACAACACUUCUUCUUGCCUUGCCUGCCAAAACCUGGAUUGGUAUAAAAGAAGAGAAGGUUUUGCGGGAACUACAAAAACUUGUUUGCACGGAAACUCUUCCCACCUUGCUUCAAGAUGAGGUGUUGCACUUGCGGAAACAACUCCGUCUUCUUCAAAAAUAUCACGAGGACAAGGUCGAUCUGGAUCUUAGUGCACUUCCUUCAUCUUAAUGUAUUUGCAGACACGGUCUACAAAACAUUAUUCUGGAGAGUUGAAUUCAUUUAUAGCAGGCACCAUAUCGAAAUGUUUAUCAAGAUACGACAACCUUGAAACAAUUAUAGUCGAAGACUGAAGUGACCAACGGUUUAUGAUAUGUUCCAUGAGUUGGCAGGCAAUGCCUAAAUAUUGCACAAGAUUUUGGUGUGUUGGUUCAAGUGAACUACUCUGUCAUAUAGGUGUCCAAUUUUGGCCAUGAAGCUUGGCAGAUAUUAAUAAUUCUUUUUUUGUAGAAUAUUUUUCUUGUGUAUAAAGUAAAUUAGUUUACCAAAGUGAAGUCAGGUUCAAAUUUUUAUACCCCAUUUGUUGUAGAAGGGAAAAAGUAAACUAGUUUUCAUUGAGAUUGAGGUUGGUGUGAGUCUGUGCCUACAUUACAAAUAAGUUUAGGGAUUAAGGGUAUGAGUUGGUUAGUGAUCUAAAAACCAGAGAUUCAAUAAAAAUUCAUCAGUGUUGUUGCA